GAAGCAGAGGAGAGAGACAGACAGACAGAGACAGAGACUGAUUCACAAACAAGAGAUCAGAUAGACUAGUUACUGAAAUAAUAAAGUUCUCCAGUACCAAUGGCUACAGCUCCGUUAGCUGCUCCACCACUCCAGCCCCUGAUCUUGGAGGACGAGGAGCAACAGUUCUUGGACCAGUAUGACACUUACAGCUUUACAGAUUCUUACCUGGGAAGAGGCAGCGGUAAGGGUCGUAGUAAGAGAGAAGCUGCUAACCAUACCAACCGGCACAGUCCAGGUGGCCAUGAACGGAAGCUGCUGACCAAGCUUCAGAACACAGAGCAAAAGAAACGUGGAACUAGGCCCUGAGCCUAGAACUGAGGCUGGGCCAGAGCAUUGAUACCAGGAUCACGGCCAUGGAUAUAGGGCAUCGGCAAGGAAGACAGGGCAAGAGAGAUAAGAUCUUAAUUUUCUCUGAUACCCUUCUAUCAAGAGAUGUACCCUCUCCAGCCUGGCUGGAGUUUGGAGGGGCCCAGCAAGUGACUUCCUUUAGCACUUGCAGUAAAGUUGAUGAGAAGCAGAUGGUAGGAAUGAAUGUGCAGAGAAGAGCAAGGGGCAAGAGGGAAUCUACCUGAAGAAACGGAAUCUAUCAAAGAAUAAUUGGUACAAUAAAGAAUUAAUCAGAGAA